AAAAACAAGACUAGUGAACCAGCGCACAUUAUACCUGCUGGAUUUUCAACGGCAUCGACUGGAGUCUGCGACUUGCAGCCUGCGCAUGAUGAUCAGCGCCGACCUUGGUGACGUACGCAGUCUGUGGCCGUGAUAUGUUGCACAAUUCAUGGAAACACAUGCGCCUGUAUGCGACGUGACGCAUGAUACGCGUACGUGUACGUAAAGCCAUCUCUAUCUGCCUUUUCUAAACGAAUACCGUCUGUCAGACGACAUUUGUUUUUGGCAGAAGGACUUGAAAAUCCAACCGCCAAGAUGGUGAACUUCACAAUAGACCAGAUUCGGGCCAUUAUGGACAAAAAGGCCAACAUCAGGAACAUGUCCGUCAUUGCCCAUGUGGACCACGGCAAGUCGACCCUUACUGAUUCCUUAGUCAGCAAAGCCGGCAUUAUCGCCGGUGCCAGGGCAGGUGAAGCUCGUUUUACUGAUACACGUAAAGACGAGCAGGAAAGAUGCAUCACCAUCAAAUCCACUGCCAUCUCCUUGUACUACGAAUUGGCGGAAGCCGAUAUGCAGUACAUCACCCAGGAAAAGGAUGGCAAUGGCUUUCUGAUCAAUCUGAUUGACUCUCCUGGCCACGUGGACUUCUCCUCCGAAGUGACUGCUGCUCUGCGUGUGACUGACGGUGCACUGGUUGUUGUAGAUUGCGUCAGUGGUGUGUGUGUUCAGACCGAGACUGUUUUGCGUCAGGCCAUCGCCGAGCGGAUCAAGCCCGUGGUGUUCAUGAACAAAAUGGACCGGGCCCUGCUGGAAUUGCAGUUGGAAAUGGAAGACCUGUACCAGACUUUCCAGCGUAUUGUAGAGAGCAUCAACGUGAUUGUAGCCACUUACGCAGAUGAGGAGGGACCCAUGGGAGAUAUCCAGGUUUAUCCAUACAAGGGCACAGUAGGCUUCGGCUCUGGCCUGCAUGGCUGGGCCUUCACUCUCAAACAGUUUGCUGAGAUCUAUGCCGCCAAGUUCAAGAUCGAACCGGCCAAGUUGAUGAAGCGUCUUUGGGGCGAUCAGUUCUUCAACCCUAAAGAGAAGAAGUGGAACAAAAUCGGCGGGGAGGGUUACGUCCGAGGCUUCAAUCAGUUUGUGCUGGAUCCCAUCUACAAGGUCUUCGACGCCAUCAUGAAAUUCAAUAAAGAUGCGACUCAAAAACUUCUAGACAAACUUAACAUCAAACUCUCGACUGAAGCCAAAGAAAAAGAGGGCAAGCCCUUGAUGAAGGAAGUGAUGCGCAAGUGGCUGCCGGCCGGUGAGGCCCUGCUGCAGAUGAUCACCAUUCAUCUACCAUCGCCAGUCACCUCGCAAAGGUACCGCAUGGAGUUGCUGUACGAAGGCCCGCAUGAUGACCCUUGUGCCUUGGGUAUCAAGACCUGUGAUCCCACUGCGCCUCUGAUGAUGUACAUCUCGAAAAUGGUACCGACUACGGAUAAGGGCCGCUUCUACGCAUUUGGCCGGGUCUUUUCAGGUAGAGCCUGCACGGGCCAGAAGGUACGCAUCAUGGGACCUCACUACGUACCUGGCAAGAAGGAAGACCUGUACCAAAAAAGCAUCCAGAGGACUAUUCUGAUGAUGGGACGUUACAUCGAGCCCAUUGAGGAUGUACCCUGUGGUAACAUUGUCGGCCUUGUCGGUGUUGACCAGUAUCUGGUGAAGACUGGAACCAUCUCCACAUACGAUCAAGCUCACAACAUGAAGGUCAUGAAGUUUUCCGUAAGUCCCGUGGUACGUGUUGCAGUAGAGGCCAAAGACCCAUCUCAGCUGCCUAAACUGGUGGAAGGAUUGAAGCGUCUGUCCAAGUCGGAUCCCAUGGUGCAGUGCAUCAUUGAGGAGUCUGGGGAGCACAUCGUGGCCGGAGCCGGAGAACUCCACUUGGAGAUCUGCCUCAAGGAUCUGGAAGAGGACCAUGCCUGUAUCCCACUUAAGAAAUCUCUGCCAGUGGUUUCCUACAGAGAAACUGUAGAGACGGCGUCUGAUAGAAUGUGUCUUUCCAAGUCUCCCAACAAGCACAACCGCCUGUUCUUGACAGCUGUCAACUUUCCCGAUGGCCUUGCAGAAGACAUUGAAAAGGAUGAGAUCACACCCAGGACUGACGCUAAAGUGCGUGGUCGCUUUCUGGCUGACAAGUACGAAUAUGAAGUGAACGAGGCCAGGAAGAUCUGGUGCUUUGGGCCGGAGGGCACGGGGCCAAAUCUACUGAUUGAUACCACCAAGGGAGUGCAGUAUCUGAAUGAGAUCAAAGAUAGCAUGGUGGCUGGCUUCCAAUGGGCAACCAAAGAGGGAGUUUUGUGUGACGAAAAUGUGCGGGCAGUACGCUUCAAUAUCCACGACGUGACCCUGCAUGCUGACGCCAUCCAUCGCGGUGGUGGCCAGAUUAUUCCGACUACCAGACGUGUUCUCUAUGCCUGCAUGAUGACAGCAAAUCCUCGCAUCAUGGAACCUGUCUAUCUGGUGGAAAUCCAGUGCCCAGAACAAGCAGUUGGUGGCAUCUACGGUGUCCUGACUCGCAGACGUGGCCAUGUAUUUGAAGAGGGCAAGGUCGCCGGAACACCCAUGUUCAUGGUCAAGGCAUAUUUGCCUGUCAACGAGUCAUUCGGCUUCACUGCUGAUCUGCGCUCCAACACUGGCGGACAAGCCUUCCCCCAGUGUGUGUUUGACCAUUGGCAGAUCAUGCCUGGGGAUCCCUAUGACGUUGCUUCCAAGCCCGGGGUUGUUGUCACCGUUACGCGCAAACGCAAGGGCCUAUCAGAGGUACCUCCUCCUCUGGAUAAAUACUUGGACAAGAUGUAGAGCUUGGUAGUGACACAGGAAAACAGAGGGGCUAAAACCAGACAUUUGAGGGGUACCAGGAUAAAUAGAUUCCUGGCUGAUUGUAUUUAAUGGCGUAUACUUGAUCACUUUAAAAAAAAAAAACCUGUUCAACUGUAAAGUAUCAUGUAACGAUACACAAAUGUAUGCCACUUCAUUCAUUCGUGACCCUUUAAUCUAAAAUUUUGAAGGAAUUUUUUUUUUGUCAAUCUAGAUAACUUGUAUAAUUUCUUGUAAUAUUAAUGAUAUUCAAUGUUCAUAACGUGUGAAGGAGUAAUCAUAACUGGCAUUAUCUAUAGGGAGUUUUACGCAUUUAAAGAAUUGGAAUCAAAUCUAAUUCAAGUCUGAUUUAAUCUUUUAAACUGAUUUUCAAGAAAAAUAAUUCAUAAACCAUCAGUUCACAAUCUUAAGGCAUGAUGUAAGAAAGCGUCUUUAAGUUCAAAGUUUUCAUGAGAUGGAGUCAUAUUGGAUUGGGGUUUUGUUUGGUUUUGGGGUUUUUGUGUCUGCAUCCGAAGAUAUUGACAUAAGUUAUGUGAGAACCGUUUUAAGUUGUUGAAUCUGUCGCAUGUCGCCGAUAACAAACUGUACAGGUAUGCCUAAAAUAUGGCAAGUCUUCACUUGUUUUGUUUUUUUGGUUUCAUACUAAAACUAUUCUUUAAAAAGGAUGCAGAUGUUCAAAUUAUGUAGCAACAAUAUACAUUGUACAAGUAUAAUGCUUCAGUUAUUUAGCGAGAGAUAAAUUAUAACUGGUUUGCCCUCUGAAAACACCGGCCCUUGUAGUUGAGAGACUGCAUUUCCCUGUUGUGAAAGGAUUAAACAGCGUAAUAAAUUGGAAGCUACUUGGAAGGAAAUAUCACGUGAAGGAUGAAACAUGUACUAGGCACUAGACUGGUUUGGAAUCGCAUUCAUACGGAAGGCAAAGCGACCCGAGAAUGUUGUUGUCCUGGUCUGUAAUGGAGAAUGCCUUACUGGUGAUGGUUAAGCGUAAACUUGUUGAAGGCGUGCAUAGCGGUUGGCUUAAUAUAUUAAAAUCUGUGAAGCUUCUCUACAAAUCUA